GUAGGAGAUUCUCUUCUAUCUCUUCACACAAGUCUGAUCUCCACACAGCUGUUCUGUUCCCAUCCAUCACAGCUCCUUCACCAAGGGCCCGUGUCGGUUCUUCAGUGCCACUUGCUGCAAUGGAUUGGGCCACACCAGCUGCCAAACUAAAUCCCUACACCCGAGCCCGCAUGACAGAGGCGUGGCAGCAGCAUGCAGUCGCUCCACCCCAAGUCGUCCACACCAUCCCUCCAGGAGCUGAGAACGCGCUGGGCUGUGCGGUGUAUGGCAUCGUACUGCAGCCGGAUGCUUCGUCUUUACAGCAACAGCAACAGACCCAGCAUGGACAGCACAGCCAACACAGCCAACAACACAGUGGGAGUCAGCAGCAUGGAGGUGGGCAGCACAGUCAGCAGCAGCAGCACCCCGCCCAGGCCCAGCAGACUUCCCUACAGGUGGGGACAGAAGGACACAAAUGUGGGGCCUGUGGACAUGAUAUAUCCCACCUGGCCAACCCACAUGAACAUCAAUGUAUGGUGAAUCAGGACAGGUCAUUUCAGUGCACCCAGUGCAUGAAGAUUUUUCAUCAGGCGACAGACUUGCUAGAACAUCAGUGUGUUCAGGUGGAGCAGAAGCCGUUUGUGUGUGGGGUGUGUAAGAUGGGUUUCUCCCUACUUACCUCUUUAGCCCAGCACCACACAUCCCAUAAUAGCACCAACCCAAUGAAGUGUUCAAUAUGUGAGAAGACCUACCGACCUGGCUCUUCUGGCAACAUCACACCCAACUCAAAUAAUCCCCAGCAGCCCAGCAGUGACGGGGCGUCAGCCAGCAGCAGCUCAUCCAUUCUACCCUUUCCCUCGGCCCGAGACCGACCGUACAAAUGCUCCGUUUGCCAGAAGGGUUUCAAACACCUGUCAGAACUCACACGGCAUGAGAGGGUGCACACAGGGGAAAAGCCCUUCAAGUGUGACACAUGUGACAAGGCCUUCAGCCAGUCGUCACACCUACAGCACCACCAGCGAACACACAGCAGUGAACGCCCAUUUAAGUGUGCUGUUUGUGAAAAGAGUUUCAAGCAUCGUUCCCACCUCGUGCGCCACAUGUACGUGCACUCUGGUGAGCACUUGUUCAAAUGCAACUUAUGCGAGCUGCACUUCAAAGAGUCAUCGGAGCUCCUUCACCACCCCUGCCACCCGCAGGGUUCCCGCCCGUUCCGUUGUGCCACAUGCGGUAAGGGUUUCAAACGGCCUUCUGACCUUCGGCAACACGAGCGCACACACUCGGAGGAGCGUCCCUUCCACUGUGACGAGUGUCAGAUGAGCUUCAAGCAGCAGUAUGCACUGGUGCGCCACCGACGCACACACAAAGACCCUACUGACCGGCCAUUCAAAUGCAAUCUGUGCGACAAGGGCUUCAUGCAGCCCUCUCACCUCCUCUACCACCAGCACGUCCACGGCAUGGACAACCUGUUCAAGUGCGCCUCAUGCCAAAAGGAGUUCAGCCAGUCAGGAGAGCUGCUCAGACACAAGUGUGGCGAGUCGUCCAACUCCUCACCGGACAAGCCGUACAAGUGUGACGUUUGCGGUAAGGGCUACAAGAAGAGUUCUACAUUACAGCGUCAUCAAAACUCUCACUGCCAAGAGAAGCCCCUUAAGUGCUCGCUCUGCGACCGCCGCUUCUUGUCCUCUUCGGAAUUUGUCCAGCACCGCUGUGACCCAUCACGGGAAAAACCGCUGAAGUGCCCUGACUGUGAGAAACGUUUCAAAUACUCAUCAGACCUGAACCGGCACCGGCGUGUGCACACGGGGGAGAAACCCUACAAAUGCGGCCACUGCAACAAGGGCUUCAAACAGCGCGAGCACCUCACCAAACACCAGAGCACGCACUCAAGAGAAGGCCAGUUCAAGUGUGUUUGGUGUGGUGAGCGAUUCAGUGACUUGGGCUCCUUGCAGGAUCACACGGUGCAGCACACGGCUGAUGGCGGUGGUUACCCAGUGCCCCAGUGCAUAUAAAACCUUGAAGACUUUUUCCAUUGAACAGACAGUCUAGGCUAUUUAUGCAGCCUAACUAUCACCACAUUUGCAGGACAGUCCAGUCUGUUACUAUUGCAUUCAUUCCCACCAGUGAUACAUCAAGAUUUUGUUGUUUUACUAACUCGCGCAAAGCCCUUUAGUACUGUGACCCCAUCAUUCCAUCAGAUCCUGAGCUUUUCUCUCCCUGCACUUUGUUUUUUGUUCCACCUAUUUUCUUCUUAUACCUGUCCUUUUAUUCUCCGCCCUAUAAUCAGACAGUUGAUAGUAGUGAAAAGGCCACAACCACUUAACCUGCCAUAUUUAAUCAGACUGUUGCACACAGAAACAGGUGCCAUAAUGCAUGUUGACCAGCAAACACUUAUAUCCCUCCUAAAGUCCUCCCCUCACACAAGGGAAAAAAAAAGAAUUGUCCCUUAAUUGUCUAAUAAGACAGCCAUUGUUUUUAAAAAUUGUUUGGCACUAAUUAUGUUUUAUGGUGUACUGAGAUUUAAUAGACAGAGAACUGCUAAACUGAUGAGGCCAGAAAAUGUCCUGACUGCUAGACUGUCCACUAGAGGGGGUCGUUCCCUUGUUUUUCUUCCCCCCCUCUCUCCCUCAGAUAACAUUUCUUUCCCACUCUUCAGUUUCUCCCUCCCUCAUUCUUUCAUUCAUUUUUGUUGUCCUUUGCUUCCUCCUCUUGCUGUCUCAGCCUGUCUCUGUUUUGUAUCAGGAAGAGUGGAAAGUCUGACUAAAACCUCAGACACACAUGUACUCACAGUCUUUUGUCUUUGGUUAGGUGAAGGAUGACUGAAAACACUUUUGGUUUCCCACGGUAAUACAGAAACUGUGUAUUGACUCUUUUGGUCCCUGCGUCCAUAUCUGAUUCUUUAUGAAGUAGCCAGUAAACUCCUCAGUGAAUGUGAAGGGAAACAGUGUGUGUGUGUGUGUGUGUGUGUGUGUG